AUGUGUGGCAAUAUCUGUGAAGAGUACCAACCGGGCAUGCACCAUAUGGUCCUUUCAAGCCCAAUUGCUCCUUGCUUGAUAUGGUUGGGUCAAGUUGGUUGUGAAAAGGUCACCAUUUUCAAUAGUCUCACCUGCCAGGCGUUUGUUGAUUUGCUUGCCAAAGCAACCAAACACAAGGGUUCGGUGAUGAUCUUUACUGAAAAUGAAAAUGAAAAAGCCAAAAAGGUGGCCCAGACCUGUGCCGCGAAAGAGUUGAUUGCUUCAGCCAGAGGUCCCACAGCUGCUGAAGCACAGGUGGGUGUUCUAACCAAGGAGCUGGAGGAUGCGCGUAACCGCAUUGCCCUCCACGGGUUAACAGCGCAACUUUUUGAUGAAAAAUCUCAAAAGGGCACCUCCGGAGACGGUGCAAUCUUGGUUUGCCCAUGGGAUCCCACUUUCCUAUAUUGCUUGACUUGGAACGGGGCAUGGGUCUGGGCCAAAGCCGUGCAAUCCGGCAUGGCCACUUGCGAAAAUCCGCCCCGAACGUAUGAAUAUCUCACCAUCAUGAAUAAAGCCCGUGUCUACCACAAGGAUACCUCCGUCAAUGACCGAGUGAAGAUGUGA